UUUUGUAGUGGAGGCAGCAAAUGACACUGUGAUUGUUUACCAGGAGGAGGCAAGUGUCUUAUGUCUGUGUGUAUCCCAGGGCUAAGACCCUAAUGUUUGUUUCAUGAGUGUGACAUAGUAAAUUAUGUUAUGUCUGUGAUUCUGUGUUCAUGUAUCUGAGUAAGUAGUUGUCAUUGUGUAAGGUUGUGUCUGGCCUGGUAUAAUUGACCCCACAUGGCUAGUCUUUAUGUUUAACCAUGUUUGCAGAAGUGUGGAGGUACAUUAUAAUGUAUAUCAACUCCAUGAUUCUGUAAAUUGAGAUAGAGUUAAAUGACACUGUGUAUCUUUAUGAUUCAAUGGAACCAUGUUUGAGGGAUGUAUAAUAAGGUAUAUGAUGGUAUGUGGUUAGGUGAUUAUCAUGAGAUGGUAGAUUGGCCAUUAUGUGAGUAUCUUUGUAACUGUGUACAACCAUGUUUGCAGGUAAAUAUGAUACCACGAUCCUGCGUGAUCAUAUGUGAGAUCAUAACUUCAGGUCUUUGUAACUGCAUAUGACCAGACAGACUUUCAGGAGUGUAAUGACCUGUGUUUGGAUGUUUGAAUUUAUGUGGCCUUACAGUUGUGUAAAACUAUAAAUAACACCAUGUUCUUUUGUGACAGAGUGGAAUCAUUUGUGACUGGUCGUUGAUAAGACUGUCACACAGGUUAACAGGCCUUUUGUGGCUAUGAGAGUCCAAGUAACUGUGGCACAACAUAACUGGCAAUGUGUGCAACUGGUAGCUCUAGAAGCUCUGAACCACUGUUCACUCUCUUGUCCUCACACCUGCUUUCCUGCGUCUUUCCCUACACAAGCACCUUUUAUGGCUCCAUUCUGCCACAGGAUAGAUGUUCAACUCCUCAGCCUGUCAUCCAAGCUUUAUCCCCUUCUCUCUGGCCCCACCUGACUUCUCUGUAAUCUGAGGCAUUCCUAAGGCCCCCUCCCCAGUCAAGACCACGUGUCAACCCUAAGAGACCCUUCACUGCCUUCCAGACUGAAAUUUCUCUUGUAAGUGUCACCAUCAUCUCCAAGGCCCCAAACAGGGCUGCACCAGGGAAACCGGAUCCUGGUUAAAAGCUUGUCCCUUGACCCUGGCCAGAGCCUUGAGCCUCAUCCAGAAGGCCCCCAGCGGCUUCGCUCAGAUCCAGGCCCCCCCACUGAAACCCCUAGCCAGCGUCCUUCACCACUGAAGCGGGCACCAGGCCCAAAGCCACAGGUCCCCCCAAAGCCCAGCUACCUGCAGAUGCCCCGGAUGCCCCCACAACCUGAGCCUAUCCCUCCUCCGCCAUCCCGCCCACUACCUGCAGACCCCCGAGUGGCCAAGGGUCUGGCCCCCAGGGCAGAGGCCAGCCCAAGUUCUGCAGCAGUAUCCUCACUGAUUGAGAAGUUUGAAAGAGAACCUGUGAUUGUCGCCUCGGAUAGGCCAGCCCCUGGCCCCUGUCCAGGUCCCCCAGAGCCAGCCAUGUUGCCACAGCCACCCCCGCAACCACCAGUGUCCCAGCUCCCUGAGGGUGAGGCCUCCCGCUGCCUGUUCCUGCUGGCUCCUGGGCCUCGGGAUGGUGAGAAGGUACCUAACCGUGACAGCGGCAUCGACAGCAUCAGCUCGCCAUCCAACAGUGAAGAGACCUGCUUUGUCAGUGAUGAUGGGCCUCCCAGCCACAGCCUCUGUCCUGGGCCCCCUGCCCUGGCCAGUAUGCCUGUUGCUUUGGCCGACCCCCACCGGCCUGGCUCCCAAGAGGUUGACAGUGACCUGGAAGAAGAGGAUGAUGAAGAAGAGGAUGAGGAGAAGGACAGAGAAAUCCCAGUGCCUCCAAUGGAGAGACAGGAGUCUGUGGAGUUGACUGUGCAGCAGAAGGUGUUCCACAUUGCCAAUGAGCUCCUGCAAACUGAGAAGGCUUAUGUUUCCAGGCUCCAUCUACUGGAUCAGGUGUUCUGUGCCCGUCUGCUAGAAGAAGCUCGGAACCGCAGUUCCUUCCCAGCUGAUGUUGUACAUGGCAUCUUCUCUAACAUCUGCUCCAUCUACUGCUUCCACCAGCAGUUCCUGUUGCCUGAGCUAGAGAAGCGCAUGGAGGAAUGGGACCGCUACCCACGCAUUGGAGACAUCCUGCAGAAGCUGGCACCCUUCCUCAAGAUGUAUGGCGAGUAUGUGAAGAACUUUGAUAGGGCUGUGGAGCUGGUCAACACCUGGACAGAGCGCUCCACCCAGUUCAAAGUCAUCAUCCAUGAGGUGCAGAAGGAGGAAGCCUGUGGCAAUCUGACAUUGCAGCACCACAUGCUGGAGCCUGUGCAGCGCAUCCCCCGCUAUGAGCUGCUUCUCAAGGACUAUCUGUUAAAGCUGCCUCAUGGCUCCCCAGACAGCAAGGAUGCCCAAAAGUCUCUGGAGCUGAUAGCCACAGCGGCAGAGCACUCUAAUGCUGCCAUCCGAAAAAUGGAGCGAAUGCACAAGCUGCUGAAGGUAUAUGAGUUGCUAGGGGGUGAGGAAGACAUUGUCAGCCCCACCAAAGAGCUCAUAAAAGAAGGCCACAUCCUUAAGCUGUCAGCGAAGAAUGGGACCACUCAAGACCGAUACCUCAUACUAUUCAACGACCGCCUCCUUUACUGCGUGCCCAGGCUGCGGCUCCUUGGCCAGAAGUUUAGCGUGCGGGCACGCAUUGAUGUAGAUGGCAUGGAGCUAAAGGAGAGCUCCAACCUCAAUCUGCCUCGGACCUUCCUGGUGUCAGGAAAGCAGCGCUCCCUGGAGCUCCAGGCCAGGACAGAGGAGGAGAAGAAAGACUGGGUCCAGGCCAUCAACUCCACCCUCCUGAAGCAUGAGCAGACGCUGGAGACCUUCAAACUGUUGAACUCAACAAAUAGGGAAGAUGAAGACACACCCCCCAACUCUCCAAACGUGGAUCUUGGGAAGCGGGCACCUACGCCCAUCCGGGAAAAGGAAGUCACCAUGUGCAUGCGCUGUCAGGAGCCCUUCAAUUCCAUCACCAAACGCAGGCACCACUGCAAGGCCUGCGGGCAUGUGGUUUGUGGGAAGUGCUCCGAGUUCCGGGCCCGCCUUAUCUAUGACAACAACCGCUCCAACCGAGUGUGCACUGACUGCUACGUGGCCUUGCAUGGGGUGCCUGGGAGCAGUCCAGCCUGCAGCCAGCAUACACCUCAGCGCCGGAGAUCCAUCCUAGAGAAACAGGCCUCCGUGGCUGCAGAGAACAGUGUCAUCUGCAGCUUCCUGCACUACAUGGAGAAGGGUGGGAAAGGAUGGCACAAGGCAUGGUUCGUGGUCCCUGAGAAUGAACCCUUGGUGCUGUACAUCUACGGAGCCCCUCAGGAUGUGAAAGCCCAGCGCAGCCUGCCCCUCAUUGGCUUCGAGGUGGGGCCUCCUGAGGCAGGGGAGAGGCCCGACAGAAGACAUGUCUUCAAGAUCACCCAGAGCCACCUAAGCUGGUACUUCAGCCCUGAAACAGAGGAGCUCCAGCGACGCUGGAUGGCUGUGCUUGGCCGGGCAGGCCGUGGGGACACGUUCUGCCCAGGGCCCACACUGUCCGAGGACAGGGAGAUGGAAGAGCCACCAGUGGCAGCUUCAGGAGCCACUGCUGAACCCCCUGAAGUCCCCCAGACCCGAGACAAGACCUAGAGGGUUUGGGGGGAACUGGGAGCCCCCAUCCCACACACUAGCUGCCCAUGUCCAGUUGGGGGGUUCCAGCCCCCUCCUUCCCAGUUCAGUCAAUACUUGAACUCCCAUCACGGGCACUUUCAAUCCCGAAUGCUGGGUCUUGGGUUUUUUAAUCAUCUUUUCACAAAACGUGGGCUUUUAAAAAGUAUUCCUACAGUGAUAUUCAUUUUUUUAAAUCCCCAUCUCCAGGGAGGGUAGGAGCUUUUGCUAUACCCACCUGAAUUAGGCUGUCCCCUCCCAAAACAAUACCCCACAGAUCCUGCCUCCACCCAAUUUCCCUCAAAAGCAUCAGAGGCAGGAGUUCUGGAUUCAAAGUGCCAGCUCUGCCACUGACCCUGGGACCCCAAACCACUCCUGCCUCCUCAGCCAGUGUCUUCACGUGUACAACUCCACGUGGGGUGGUGACUAGACCCCUCCUGCCUCUCCCAUGGCUUAUAGCUUCUACCCAGCUCCAAGGCUACCCAGUAUUUUAUCGUCCAGACCCAUGGCAGGGCCAAUGGGCAGGACAAGGGAACAGGGGGGAGGACAAUGGAUACUCUUUGUUUUGUUUUGUUUUUUUUAAAGAAAAAUACAGUUUAUUUCAGGCUUACAGUAA